UUUCUUCUAGAAAGAAAGAAAAAAAAUGUAAACAUGGCACCCAGGCCAGAUCUUGUCUGAACAUGUCAGGAUAACUAGGCAAAUAUUCAGAGAAAGUAACAAAUUCAGACUUCAAAAAGGCGAGAAGAAGCAUAAAUGAGCCACAUCUGUUUUAUCUCAGUUUAGCAGAUUCUUUAUGUAUGUAUACAUGAACCAUUCUGAACAUGUUUUGGUUUCUUAGGUGUUGUAAGAACAUCCUGUUCCUCUUCAAAGUGUAAUUUCCUGCAGCAACUUGACAGAUGUCAAAGCGACAACAAACCACAACAUCACCGCUUUAGCUUGUUUCACUUUACUGAUCUGGAGCAUGGCGAGUGCAGUGGAGAGGUUGCUGUGGGCCUGCAUUAUCCUGGAUUCUGGUGUGCGCUCGAUUUCACUGCCAGAAAUCAGUGAUUUGAAGUUCAUUGAGGAAUGUGUGAAGGAGCACAACUUGGCGCGGUCAUCUGUCAGUCCCCCUGCUACCGACAUGCUGUACAUGACGUGGGAUGAGGCCUUAGCCAUUACUGCGAAAGCGUGGGCAAAGCGCUGUAUAUUUGAUCACAACAUUUACCUCAAAGAUGCUUCCCGCGUGCACCCUACCUUUCCCUCUGUGGGAGAAAACAUAUGGACAGCCCAUCCACCAUCACAAUUUAAUACAUCAAAAGCCAUAAAGAGAUGGGUGGAUGAAGUAAAAGACUACAGCUACCAAGAGAACAGCUGCAAUAAGGUUUGUGGCCACUACACACAGGUUGUGUGGGCCAGCACCUACAAAGUUGGAUGUGCAGUACAGCUGUGCCCAGAUGGCAUCAAGCACUUCACUAAUAAAAAAGGUGUCCUCUUUGUAUGCAACUACCUGUUUCUUUUCUUUUACAGGGGUAAUAUAAUCGGACAGCACCCAUAUGCAUCUGAGGGGGGAGCCUGCUUGAGGUGCAGCGGCACUUGUGAGAAUAAACUCUGUCGUAGUCCUGAACGUGAUUCACAGAAAAGCUACAACUGGAGCCCAGACUGGGACACCUCGGAUACCAGCAGCUCUAGCUCUGUCAGCGUUCUGAUCGCUCGGCCGGUUGCCCUCAGCUUCACUUUCAUUACAGCGUAUGUAGUCCACUACUUCUACCCUGAUGCAUUCUGCUAUGAAUAAAGCAGCUUGGCCUGAGCAACACUGAUUUCCUUUAGACAUUAAGCAAAUUAUUCUGUCCAUGUGAGGCUUCGGCCCACAAAUGUAACAUGUAUGAAAAUUAAUAAAAUUACUUUUAUCUCUGCUUAA